CUAGUAAUAAAUUUGUUUAUGCCAAAAAAUAAAGUAUCGUGAAAACAAACCUAUAAACAGGUUAAGGAAAUUAAAGUGAUCGUGUUUAGCGUGUUUAGUGUAAAUCAAACUGGAGAUGGAAAAUAGUGGUGAAAGUGGUGACGAUGGAGGACCUUUAGGUCCAUCUGCGUUCCUCGGUGGUGGUGGUGUUUCUGCAUCGUAUAUUAGUGUACAAUCUGAUGAUAUGGAAGAUGAUCCUGAAAAUACAGAUGAUUCAAAUCAUGGAGCUAGUGAUCCCUUACAAGGAGCUGGAGGUGGCAGUGGUGGAGGACCUCUUCGUGAGCAAGAUCGGUUUCUUCCAAUAGCGAAUGUUGCCAAAAUUAUGAAAAGAGCAAUACCAGAAGCAGGGAAAAUAGCGAAGGAUGCACGCGAAUGUGUUCAAGAAUGUGUAUCUGAAUUUAUAUCUUUUAUAACGUCUGAAGCGAGCGAUCGGUGUCACAUGGAAAAACGCAAGACUAUUAAUGGUGAAGAUAUUCUGUUUGCUAUGACGACUCUUGGUUUCGAUAAUUACGUAGAACCACUAAAAGUGUACCUACAAAAAUAUCGUGAAGCGACAAAGGGAGACAAUCCUCCAGGUAGUGGUAUGACAGCAGGCAAUGGAAAAACUGAAUCACAAGGAACUAUAUAUGAAGAUCAAUUGUUUGCUAUUGCCGCGACUGCAUCAAGUGCUACCACUUCUGAUACACCUGUUAUAUACAGUUACACGUCUACCGAUCAAAUGCAAUUCCAGCUUUCCUGAUCACUGCAUGUUAAGAUGAUGUUAAUAUAAAUUAUUUAAUGCAAACUGCAAUUUACAAAAUGACUAUUUCAACUAUGCGCGUAUCUUUCAGGAUUGCGUUUUGUAAAAGACUGUAAAGUCGGUUUAAGAUGGUAAGCUGAUCUUAUAUUGUAAGACUAGAAUAAUGUGUACGUUCUUAAAAAAUUUGGAAGUAAGGUGAUUUAACUUUAAGUAAUCCUUGUAAAGAGAAUGAAAAAAUGAAU